UUUCUAUAUAAGGGGGACAUGCUAGUCUUGGAUCAAGCCACUCAUAGUGAUAGAGGUAGAAACCACAUUAUGAUUGCUCUUAGCACCAUGCCACUAUGGCUACUUCCCCUUCUAGCUCUCCUUCCAUUGUUUCUCAUUCUAAAGAGCAAACAAGUGAGAAGAACCAACCAUCCUCCUGGCCCUCCUAAACUUCCCAUCAUAGGUAACUUGCACCAACUUGGUGAGCUGCCUCACCGCUCUCUAUGGCAAUUCUCUAAGGAAUAUGGUCCAAUCAUGCUUUUGCAACUCGGGUGCAUGCCUACACUGGUAGUCUCAUCUGCUGAAAUGGCAAGGGAGAUCAUGAAGUCUCAUGAUCUUGAAUGUUGCAAUAGGCCUGAUUUGAUGGGUCCUAAAAGGCUCUCAUACAACAACUUAGAUAUUGCUUUUGGGCGUUACAGUAAUUCCUGGAGGGAUAUGAGGAAGGUUUGUGUUCUAGAGCUCUUUAGCGUCAAGAGGGUGCAAUCUUUUCAAUCCAUUAGAGAAGGGGUAGUUACUUCAAUGAUUGGCUCCAUUUCAAAGUCUUCAUCAACUCCUAUUAAUCUUAGUGAGAUGCUCUUUACCCUUACUGGUGAUGUAAUUUGUAGGAUUGCUUUUGGUAAGAGUUACAAGGGGAGAGAAUUUGACAAUGGGCGCUUUGAAGAAGCUGUUAAUGAAGCCUUCGCAAUGUUGGGUGGCUUCUCCGGUGCUGAUUUUUUCCCUUAUGUAGGAUGGAUCUUAGACAAGUUCACUGGGCUCCAUGGAAGGCUUGAGAAGUGCUUCCAACAAUUUGAUGAUUUCUACCAAAACGUGAUUGAUGAGCAUCUCAACAAUGAGAGAACAGAAAUAGAGCAGGAAGACAUCAUUGAUGUCUUGCUCAAAGUAGGUAGGGGUCAUAAAGGUGCAGGUCCUCUCUCCAAAAAUCAUAUAAAAGGAGUCCUUACGAAUAUAUUUUUAGGUGGAGUAGACACUAGUGCUGUUACAAUAGUAUGGGCAAUGACAGAGCUUGUUAAGAACCCACAAGUGAUGAAGAAAGUGCAAGAUGAGAUUAGAAGCACUGUUGGAAAGAAAGAAAACGUUAUUGAAGCAAUAAUCGAGCAGCUUAAAUACCUUAAAAUGGUGGUAAAGGAGACUCUAAGAUUGCAUCCUCCAGCUCCUAUAUUGCUCCCACGGGAAACCAUGCACCAUUUUACUAUUAACGGAUAUGACAUUUACCCCAAAAUAAGGGUCCAAGUGAAUGUCUACGCAAUCGGGAGAGAUCCCAAAUAUUGGAUGAAUCCAGAAGAGUUCAUGCCAGAGAGGUUCAUGGAUAACUCAAUUGAUCACAAGGGAACCCAUUUUGAAUUCUUGCCUUUUGGAGCAGGUCGAAGAAGUUGUCCUGGAAUACACAUGGGUAUUUCAAUAAUUGAGCUAACACUUGCAAAUCUUCUGUAUGCCUUUGAUUGGGGUUUUCCUAGUGGGAUGAAGAAGGAAGAUAUAAACAUGGAUGAAGAAGCAGGUCUUACUGUUCAUAAGAAAGCUCCUCUUUACCUUGUGCCUAUUGAAGAGAAUAUUACCUCAAUUAGUAAUUGAUGGUGAU